AAUGUGGUGAACCCCAACAUCACCAGCCCGACGGCAGAUACAGUCUGGGUGGUGGGACAUCAGUUCAAUGUCACUUGGGAUAACUCGGACCUGCCACCGUUGUUGAACAUCACCAACUUGCAAGGGUCGGUAAUUCUGGGUUCGAUUAAUGGAGAUCAAGAGCACCUGUUCCUUCAGACUCCACUGGCAAGCGGCUUCUUCAUCACGGAUACUUCAGUGGAGAUUACGGUCCCGAAUGUGCCGACCGGGACCUACAUUAUAGCCCUGCUCGGCGAUUCCGGCAACCAGAGCCCCACGUUCGAGAUU